CCUCCCGUGCCAUGGCGGCGCCUUAAACGGCGGCGGCGGCCGCCCCGCCCGCCUCGCAGCGCGGCGCCGGCAGGGGAGCGGGUGACCGGGAGGUGCUGCCAACACCCCGAUCCUGCUGCAGAGCCUCCACCCUCGCCAGCCUUCCUCCUCCUCCUCCUCCUCCUCCUCCUCCUCCUCCUGCUGCCCUCGAGGGUCUCCGAGCAGCCAGCUGAGCUCUGCCCUGCAGCCAGCAGGAGUCUGGGUGUGCCGGGCCCUCUGCCCCCAUCCUGCAGCCCCAUGGCCGGGAAUGCUGAGAUGGCAUCCCUGGAAGAGAGCUUCCGCAAAUUCGCCAUCUACGGUGACACCAAGGCCACGGGGCAGGAGAUGAACGGGAAGAACUGGGCUAAGCUGUGCAAAGACUGCAAAGUCACCGAUGGCAAAAGCGUCACCAGCACCGACGUGGACAUUGUCUUCUCCAAGGUGAAAGGGAAGACAGCUCGUGUCAUCAACUACGAGGAGUUCAAGAAGGCGCUGGAGGAGUUGGCCCCCAAGAGGUUUAAGGACAAGAGCAAAGAGGAGGCGUAUGAAGCCAUCUGCCAGCUGGUGGCAGGGAAGGAGCCCAUUAACGUGGGUGUCACGAAAGCCAAGACAGUAGGAGCCGUGGAGAGGCUGACGGACACCUCCAAGUACACGGGCUCCCACAAGGAGCGCUUCGACGAGAGCGGCAAGGGCAAGGGCAAGAGCGGGCGGGAGAACAUCGUGGACAACAGCGGCUACGUCAGUGCCUACAAGAACGCGGGCACCUACGACUCCAAAGUCAAAAAGUAGGGACGGUGCCCGUGGCGCCACCGCCCCGGUCCCUGCGCGCCGGCCGUGGGGUCGGUGCCAGCCCUGGGACGUGCCCGGGCUGCCGGGAUGUCGGGAUGCCCCCGGGGGGAACCGGGGAAGCCGCCGGGCCGCGUCCCACCUGUGCGUGACCCCCCGCCCCUCCCGUGUCCCCCGUGCUGUCACCCGGCCCCACACGUACUAACAGCGCUGCUCCUCAGGGCUCCCCUGCCCCGCCGGCACCCAGACCUUCCCUACCUCAGCCCCGCCUCUGGGGCACCCUCCCUCGUCCCACCGGGGACCGCCGCCUGUCCUGCCCUCCCGGGGACCUGCCUUAACCCCGCCGCAGUCCCGCCACGGCCGCCUCCUCCCGCCGCCCUCGCCCCGAGGCUGCCGGGCCCUGCCGCCGGCCCAGCUCCGCGGGAGGAGCCGCCGGGAUGUCCCCGGGCCAGCCCAGGAUGCGCCCCGGCAGAGUUUGGUGUCGCCCGGCCAUCGACAAAGGUCUCCGACCUGAACCCCCGUGGCCUCCCCGCUCCCUUCGCGAAGCCCAAACCAAAGGAUGCUGCAGGCCCGCGCUGUAACCGGCUCUGCAAUAAACCCCGUCCGCACUGA